GCUGCAAACGAAGGGGAAGGAGCAACACGCAGGAGCUGAGCCUGGCCAUGGCUGAAAACAUUGUGGAGACCCCAGCCCUGGGCCGCCCCUUCCAGCUGGGGAUGCUGUACGACUGCCGCACGGAUGUGCUCAUCCCAGGCGUCACCCUUUGGGACUACAGCUCUCUGCAGAAGGACCUGACCAUCAAGCCUCAGCCCAAGACGGAAUCGAUAAUCAUUGCGUCCGACAGCAUUGAUGACAAGGCCUCCGCCCUGGACAUUUCAGGAUCAGCCAAGUAUCUUCAUGAUACCAAGAAGUCCAAGCAACAGGCCAGAGUCACCGUUAGGUACAAAACCACCACCAGGUAUGAGCAGCUGACAAUGAACCAUCUAGGAACCCAGAAAGUUUCCCAUCCAGAAGUCUUUGAGCAUGGCACGGCCACCCAUGUGGUCACUGCAAUUCUUUUUGGAGCCCAGGCUUUCUUUGUCUUUGACCGAGAGGUUUCUUCAACAGAGAUGAUAAAAAAUAUAGAAGGAAACAUCCAUCUUGCAAUCAAGAAGGAGAUAUCAAUCAUGGGAGAAGCAGAGGCCAAACUAAACAAGGAGGAGAAAGAGAAUGCUCUGAAGUUCAGUUGCACGUUCCAUGGAGAUUUUUCUCUGGAGAAAAAUCCAGUCACUUUCCAAGAUGCCAUGAAAGUUUACGAAACUCUACCAAAAAUGUUAGGGAAAGAUGGGGAGAAGGCUGUUCCUGUGCGGGUCUGGCUCUACCCGCUGACCAAGCUCAACACCAGAGCAGCUAAGAUGGUCCGUGAGAUCAGCCUAGAAUUGGUCUUUGAUGCUGAGAAGAUCUUGGAGGAACUCAACGAAAUCCAGAUGCAAAGCAAUGAUCUAGCCAACGAUCCCAUUGCCGAGACCUUCCCUGAGAUCAAAGAGAAGAUCCAGCAGUUCAAGGAUCUGUGCAAGCAAUAUAGGCAAACUUUCCAGAAACAGCUGGCCAGAGUGUUACCUUCCAUCCGGGGAGGAGGGCAGGAGGAAGGGACCCUGGUGGACAUCUUGACGUCCAUCAACCGGUCACCCUUCAAUAGCCAAAGACUCCGUGAAUUUCUAGACACCAAGAAAAGAGAAAUUAACUUUGUCAAAUCUUUUCUGACUAUUUUAAAUAAGAUACAAAUUAUCUCAUCUCAGAACAAGUUGGAAGAAAUAGUUCUCGACCCUCAGAAUGGAUACGUGGUCUCCUUUAUAUUCACUUCUUUACACGAAGAGGAGCCGUUUCUGUUGAGCUUACGGGACAAGCUUCAGGAGCAAUUCUUGCAAGAAUCAGCUACGUCCACCAGAUCCACUCCUGGGGUGAAGAAAGGCAAGGCCUGGUUUGAGGACCAGGAGAGGACCCACAAUGCUCGCCAAACGGCCAAAUCCAUGAAAGACUUUUUCACUGUCAACCAAUCGACUGAGAAGGUCCGCUUUGUCGUGGCCUCACUCCCAGAUGUGGAGACCCCAGGAGCCUCCAUUUACCUUUAUGAAGACAGAAGCCUGGUCAGCAAGAAUUUGAGUUGCCCUCAAAACCUCUCCCUUUGCAGAUUACUGAACGGAGACAUAACAGCAUUCAGCUGAAGUUUCAGCCAGCUGAAUAUGGAAAGGCUGCCAU